AGUAGCACGUUUUUCGCUGGGUCAAUUAAGUCCGACUUUGUCGUUGGACUAUGGCUGCUGAUCAUAUUUUUUCCUAUUUGUUAUUUUCCAGGACUGUGUACAAAUUGUGUAUAUUUUAGAUAUAGAAAAUAUUGAACAAAAUAUGUAUACUGCUGAUAGCUGCAUGAACCGGAUUUGUCAAUAAAAGUCAUAGUUGACACGUUUGCUGUCAAACGUCAAACACCUGUCCUGCUUCACUCGCUUGCGGCUUCCAAGUUCCACGAUUACAGUUUUUAUAAUACUGUGUUUGGUUAACGCGGCAAUACUUUUUAAAUAAAAUAUGCCAUUACGCCUGGACAUCAAGAGGAAGCUGACAGCGCGGAGUGACCGCGUGAAGUGCGUGGACCAGCACCCCACAGAGCCUUGGCUGCUGUGCUCCCUGUAUAGCGGUGAUGUCAACAUAUGGAACUAUGAGACACACACACAGAUUAAAAGAUUUGAGGUGUGCGACCUGCCUGUGCGGGCUGCAAAGUUUGUGCCCAGGAAGAACUGGGUGAUCACAGGCUCGGACGACAUGCAGAUCAGGGUGUUUAACUACAACACGUUGGAGAGAGUGCACGCCUUCGAGGCGCACUCGGACUAUGUGAGGUGCAUCGUGGUGCAUCCCACUCUGCCCUACAUAUUGACUAGCAGUGACGACUUGCUCAUCAAGCUGUGGAACUGGGACCGCGGCUGGGCGUGCCAGCAGGUGUUCGAGGGGCACACGCACUACGUCAUGCAGGUCGUCAUCAACCCCAAAGACAACAACACCUUCGCCAGCGCCAGUCUCGACACCACCGUCAAGGUGUGGCAGCUCGGCUCCACCAUAUCCAACUUCACCCUGGAGGGCCACGACAAGGGAGUCAACUGCGUCGAUUACUACCACGGCGGGGACAAGCCCUACCUGAUCAGCGGCGCCGACGACCGCCUCGUCAAGAUAUGGGACUAUCAGAACAAAACCUGCGUGCGAGCUGUUGCAGGACACGCGCAGAACGUGACGGCUGUGUGCUUCCAUCCCGAGCUGCCGGUGCUGAUGACGGGCUCGGAGGACGGCACGGUGCGCGUCUGGCACGCCGGCACCUACCGCCUCGAGUCCUCCCUCAACUACGGCUUCGAGCGCGUCUGGACCCUCUGCGCCAUGCACCGCUCCAACAACGUCGCCGUCGGAUACGACGAGGGCACCAUCAUGAUAAAAGUGGGCAGAGAGGAGCCCGCCAUAUCCAUGGACGUGAACGGAGGGAAGAUCAUCUGGGCGAAACACUCGGAGCUGCAGCAGGUGAACCUGAAGGCGCUGCCGGAGGGCGCGGAGCGGGCGGACGGCGAGCGCGUGCCGGUGGCGGCGAAGGAGAUGGGGGCGUGCGAGAUCUACCCGCAGAGCAUCGCGCACAACCCCAACGGGCGCUUCGUGGUGGUGUGCGGCGACGGCGAGUACAUCAUCUACACGGCGAUGGCGCUGCGCAACAAGGCGUACGGCGCCGCGCAGGAGUUCGUCUGGGCGCACGACUCCUCCGAGUACGCCACGCUCGAGACCUCCGACACCGUCAAGGUCUUCAAGAACUUCAAGGAGAAGAAGACCUUGUCGCCCACGCUGGGCGCCGGAGGCAUCUUCGGCGGCUGCAUGCUGGGCAUCAAGUCCAUCAGCGGCGCCAUCUUCUCCUUCUACGACUGGGAACAUCUGGACCUCAUCCGGCGCAUCGAGGUGCAGCCGCGGCAGGUGUACUGGGCGGAGAGCGGCGCGCUGGUGUGCCUGGCUGCCGACACCAAGUACUACGUGCUGCGCUACGACGCCGCGCUGCUGGCCCGCGCCAGGGAGGACAACCUCGACGUCUUCGAGCAGGGCAAGGAGGCCUUCCAGGUGGUGGACGAGAUCAACGAGACGGUGAAGACGGGUCUGUGGGUGGGCGACUGCUUCGUGUACACGACGGCCGCCAACUGCCUCAGCUACUACGUGGGCGGCGACAUCGUGGCGCUGGCGCACCUCGACCGCCCCAUGUACAUCCUCGGCUACGUCGCCAAGGAGAACAGGCUCUACCUCAACGACAAGGAGCUGAACAUCGUGUCGUACGCGCUGCUGCGCUCCGUGCUGGACUACCAGACGGCGGUGGUGCGCGGGGACUUCGCCGCCGCGGACCGCGUGCUGCCCACCGUGCCCUACGACCAGCGCUCGCGAGUCGCGCACUUCCUCGAGAAACAGGGGUUCAGGCAGCAGGCGCUCGCCGUGGCCACGGAGCCGGGCCACCGCUUCGAGCUGGCGCUGGCGCUGGGCGAGCUGCAGCGCGCGCGCCAGCUGGCCGAGGAGCUGGCGGCGGGCGAGGCGAGCGAGGCGGGCGAGGCGGCGGGCGGGGCGGGGGCGGACAACGUGGCGUUCGCGGCGCACUUCGCGCUGCACGGGUACGCGCGCUGCCUGGACAUCCUGCUGGCGGCGGACCGCCACGCCGAGGCCGCCUUCUUCGCGCGGGCGUACGUGCCGUCGUGGCUGGAGGAGGCGGUGCAGAAGUGGCGCGAGGCGGGGCGCGACCGCGGCACCAAGACCUGGAAGCUGCUGGCCGACCCGCAGCGCUACUCCAACCUCUUCCCGGAUUACCUGACGUCCCUGGAGCUGGAGUACUACCAGCGAAGGUUCCUGCGCGAGCAGAGCCCGCCCGCCGCUCCGCUCGGCAACCGCGGCCGCCGGCUGGCAGAGGAGCGCGCCCGCAUGGAGGCCGAGGGCAAAUUCAAGAUGCCCGACUUCACUAAGCUAAGGAACAGCCGCGGCGGCGAGGAGCCCGCGCUGGAGCGGAAAAUAAGGGAGCGGAGGGAGUCCAUCGAGCUCGCGCAGGAGCUCGACGAGUGCGAGCUCGACACCUUCCUGCUGGACGCUGAGGCGGAGGCGGAGGCGGAGGCCGACAACGACAAAUACCUCCAAGAGGUCAGCGACGUCCUCGGCGAAGAAGUAACGAACAUACAUUAACGUUGAAGUGGUGCGGCGCCGCGACCUCGCGUCUGCCUUCUUUUUCCAAUUCUUUAUGAAUUCGAUGAGAAAUUAUCACCUUCGAGACGAAACUGUCACUUAUAUGUGCCUUUGAAGAAUAUCAGACGUUCUCCUACAUUAUUGAUUUAGUUUUUAAAUAUAAGUUACUAUUAAAUAUUA